AUGACGGCAAAGGAGAUCAGGAAGAUGAUGGAGAAGGAAACAUCAAGGGUAAAGAGCCUUAGCUUCCACCCAAGCAAGCCUGUGAUAAUUUCUGGGCACCACAGUGGGUCUAUAAGGGCGUGGGACUAUCAAAUGAAUGUCUGCAUCCAUGAAUUUCUCGAGCACGAUGGAUCUGUCAGGGCUGUCUUAUUUCAUCCGCGGGGAGACUUCUUUGUGAGUGGAGGAGACGAUAAGAUCAUAAGGGUGUGGAGCUACAGCGAAAGAAGAGUUACAAACAGGCUUAAGGGCCAUGAUGAUUUUGUCCGGUCGCUGGACUUCCAUCCAACAAAGCCAUGGAUCCUCAGUGCAUCCGACGAUCAGACAAUAAUGGUAUGGAACAUGUUGACGGGGAAGCUUCUUGCAACAGCCAGAGGGCAUUGCCACUAUGUCAUGGCGGCCAGGUUUCUGGGGGAGGAGUCGAUUGUGAGCGGCUCGCUGGAUCAGUCUAUAAGGGUCUGGGACUGUAAAGGAUUGAAGGAAGGAAGCAAGAAGAACUCGUUGCUGCCCGACAUAGUUAUAAAACAGAUUGUCGAUGGGCAUGAUAGGGGAAUCAAUGCAAUAGCAGUCCGGGGUGAGGUUUUUGUCAGUGGAGGAGAUGAUAGGGACAUCAAGUGCUGGGAGUGGUCUGAAACUUCAGUGUGGGAAAAAGAGGUGAUGUAUAACCACCAGGGGCCUGUGACCGGGCUUUUGUGUGAUGGGAACCAUGUUCUAAGCUCUGGAGAGGAUGGACUGUUUUCGAUAUACAACAUGGAGAGUAGGAAGUCUGUUGAGUGUCGCACGGAAGGAAGAUAUUGGUGCGUAGCUAGCAGAGGGAAUUUAUACGCGGCAGGGCAUGAUUCAGGAUUUGAGGUGUAUCUCUACUCUGAGCCCAAGAUUGUCUGUGUAAAUGACGGGGGGCUUUUCUAUCUGAAGGACUCUAGAAUCUACUUCAAUGACUUACGAACCGAGAAGAUGGUUUACAAUGCAAAGAAAGGCGUGGUUUCGAUCUGUGCUAAAAAGGAGUACUUGCUUGUUCAAUAUGUUGAUAAGUUUGAUGUUGUUAAGGAUGGAAAGGUUGUUUUGAAGGAGCCAGGGGAGGGGCUUCUAUUUGAAAGUUCAAGCGGCGAUGUGGAGCUGAUUACAAAGAAUGAGGGUGGGGUUUACAGAGGUGAGAUAGAUUCAAAAGGUAGAAGUCUCCUUUCCUGUUCGAAGGGAAAGAUGUUUAAGGGAAAUGACGAGUUCUUUUUCCUGGUCAGCGGAAGGAGCAUUACAAUGUGCUUCGUCGAGGGGGAGGAAAAAACGUUUAGUAUUCCAUUUAGCCCGUCCAAGACGGCUUGCUCCGACAAUAGAAUAUCGUUUAUUGGGAGAAACGACAUCUUGAUCUACGAUCUGGACCUGAAUGUUGUAAACAGCAUCAGCGAGAUAGUCUCUAUUAUUGAUGGGUUUUUCCAUGAAGACAUUUUUAUCUAUGCAACCUACAGGCACCUUAGAUAUGCAUUUGAGGAUUCCGGGGUGCUGAAGAGUGUUGACAAGAAGAUUGUUCCAUUUGCUCUUGAGGAGGGAAAGGUGAUUUAUUUUCUGUCUGACGAUGGAAUCGAGUGUGCCGAUGUGGAUUUUGCAGAGGUAAGGUUCAAGAAGGCUGUUAUGAUGGAAGAGGACAUUGUUCCUCUGAUUGAGGAAGGAAUGAUGCCAGGGCUCGCGCCCCUCUCGUAUCUUGUCAAGCAGAAAAAAGGAGCAUUGGCUCUUCCAUACAUCAAGGAUAGUAGGCAGCGGUUCGAGCUUUGCCUCAGCGAUCUGAGACUGGAUGAGUGUAUGGAGUACUGCAUGAAGGGGGGAGAUGCAGACAUGAACAGAAGACUCGGCGAGGCGGCUAUAAGAGAGUGUAGGGUAGAUAUAGCAGAGAAAUGCCUUGAAAACAUCAAGGAAUGGAAUAUGCUGUUUAUGCUCUAUGUGUGUUCGCGAAGCGACGAGAAGAUCAGGAAGCUUGCUGAUAAGGUAGAUGCAACUACAAAGAAUAUGAUUAUGAUGUACCUAGAAGACUUGGAUUAUUUCAGAAAGAUCGGGGUUAUUGGGGAAUACGGAGAUAAGGAUUGGAAGAGGAAGCUAGCAUCCGGCGAUCAGGAAUCGAAGUACGGGGAGGAAGAGAGUAAAGACUUUCCGUCAACAAGUACAGCCGUUCUUGACUCUCUUGAAUACCAAACAUCUAGUUCGGAUGGGGUUUCAUGGGGAAAUGGGUAUGAUAAUAAGAGCCAUGUCUGUCUAGAGGACGAAGCAUGUCUGGACUUGGUUGGCACGAAGGAGACACAUGAUGGUAAAAUCUUUCCCGUUGAUCGGAGAUCUUUGGAUGGAAGUAACUGUUACGAAAGCAGCGAGGAUGUGAAUAAAAUAAUGGAGAAGGGACUGUCGUUGACUACAGAAGGAAAGUUUGGCAAGGCAAUUGAGGCUUUCCGGGCAGGAAUUGUGAAGAUUGCAAUCUACAUCAGAGACAACAACGCAAGUGAAGCCUUUCUAGACGAGAGAAAGAAGAUCGGAUCGUAUCUUUCUGGGCUUGUUGUUGAGAGAAUAAGAAGGAAAACAGAAUCUCCUCUAAAGAACAUUAUGAUGGCAAAAUACUUUUCCGACCUCCCUCUCGAGAGAGAACAUCAUAUUUUGGCUUCGUCUACAGCAGUCAUGGUGUUCAGAAAGAACGGGAAUCUUAAGCAAGCAAAGGAAUUGGCCAUGUCUCUUAAGAGCGAUGGCAAGUGCAGCAAAGCUAUUGAGAAAGCUGCUGAAGAGAAGGAUCCAGAGGAUAGGUAUGAACUUCCUAAAGGUGUGUUUUGCCACGAUGUUCUCGAGAUAAGACCCAAUGCCAAGACUUGCCUACUAUGCUUCGUCAAUAGCUCUAAUGGCAAUACAUGUACAAGCUGUAAGGUUGGUGUCCUCAAAGAACAAUAA